GUCACUUCAACGAUGUCUAGUAACGAUGUCUAGUCCGUUUAAGGCGAGAGGCGGCUCCGAGCCUACGACGCGCGCGCUCAUGCUUGAAUCUCCCAGAACACGAUCAUCAUCAACAGCCUCGCCUUUCCGCUCAUGACUCCCUCGGUUCUAUGGCGAUAUCCACCAAAGGCAAUGCCUUAUUAUCUCGCCUCAAAGCCCUAACACGAUUACAGACGAGUAUUGAUUUUGUGUCGCAGAGAUUUAGCCACUCUUUGGUGGAAGGAGAACUGCAACCUCGAACAUACCAGGAGAUGAAUGCUCACGUCGACACCACAAAAUGGAAAAAGGUGGAUUCAAGAACCUUUGGGUUAACUCGUUCGAUGAUUUCAAAUCCCUCGUGGAUUGUCUUGAAAAUUCUGAAGAAUGAAGGGUUUGAAGCCUACUUGGUGGGUGGAUGUGUGAGAGAUUUACUUCUAAAUAAAAUACCUAAAGACUUCGAUGUAAUCACUACAGCUAGUCUCAUACAGAUCAAGAAGCAGUUUCAUCGUGCUCAAAUAGUGGGCCGAAGAUUUCCUAUCUGUAGGGUGCAUGUCAAAGGUUCUGUAAUUGAGGUAUCCAGUUUUGACACAGUAGCUGGGCAUGCUAAAAAAAAGGAAAAGGUUAAUUUUACUCAAAUACCUAGUGGCUGUGAUAAAAAUGACUUUGUUCGCUGGAGGGAUUGCAUGCACCGUGACUUCACGAUCAACAGUUUAUUCUUUGACCCUUUUAUGAAUAAAAUCUAUGACUACGCAAAUGGAAUGAUGGAUUUGAAGUCCUUAAAGCUACAAACAUUAAUCCCUGCUCAAUUGUCAUUCACAGAGGAUUGCGCAAGAAUAUUGCGUGGCUUAAGAAUUGCAGCUCGUCUGGGCUUGUCAUUUUCAAAGGAUACUGAAACUGCCAUUCAUAAAUUAUCUCUGUCUAUUAUGAGUUUGGAUAAGUCUAGGAUAAUGAUGGAGCUGAACUAUAUGCUGUCUUACGGAGCUGCUGAGCCUUCUCUUUACUUACUUCAGAGGUUCAACCUGCUUGAACUUUUGCUUCCAUUUCAUGCAGCAUACCUUGCCCAACAGUCCAGCAACCAAAUUGCUAGCAGGUCCAUGAUGUUAAUGAAGUUAUUUUUUAGCUUGGAUAAUUUGGUUACUUGUGACCGGCCUACUGAUUGCAGUAUGUGGGUUGGAUUGCUGGCAUUUCAUUUGGCAUUAGUAAAUAAUCCUCAGGAUGCUCUCGUUGUUUGGAGUUUUUCCUCUGUGCUGUAUCAUGGGGGGUGGAAGGAAGGUGUGAAAUUUGCACGGGCACAUGCUCGAGCAAAUGUUAAUUUUGUACCAGAGGUUUUAGGUGCCUGUGAUUUUAGAUCAGACAAAGAACUUGCAAAAGAAGUUACUCAGUUGGCUGUACUAGUGCAAGAUUCUAUAGAUGCUUUGACUGAGGCAGAUUGCCUUAUUGAAUCAAUGUCCAGAUAUCCAUUUUCCCCUUGCUCUGGCUUGGUAUUCAUACCGAAGAAGACAGGGAAAGAUGUUGCGAAAAUUUUUAGUGAGCUGAUAAGAGAAAUUGAAUUUUAUGAGGAGGGAAGGGAAAGUUUUGGAAUUGAUUAUGACUUGCUUGGAAAGGGAAAUCCAAGUGAGAUAAGACAUGUUCUUGGCAAAGCUAUUAUAGAUACAAUGACCGGUGGGGUUGCUCAGGUGGGGAGGGGUGUUGUUGAGGUGCAAAAUGAUUGUCAGAAAACAGUUGAUUCUGAAGUGCAGCCAGCAGUUACUGAGGACAAUUGCUGUGCGAUGCUUUCUGAUUUGGUUAAGAAAUCAAUGGGUGCCAAAGAUUCCCGGGUAAUAGCCAACAAGAAACAGGGGGUAACUGUGAAUGAGAAGUGCCAGGAAACGACAGUGGACCAUAAAAAGGGGGCUAAUAAGAAAAAUGCAGGUGAGAUGGGUCAAUUACUUGAGGAGGCAAGCGUGACCCAAUUUCUUGGGUCGGGGAAGGAAAAAUAUCAUUUAUUGAGGCUACGUGGAAAGAGGUCUAAGAGGCAUUGUGAAAUAGUAGAGAAGGAGAAAUGCCACAAAUCACAGGAUGAGGUGACUAAGAAGCAAAAGGUGGUUGAGAAGUGUCAUUUACUCCAGGAGGAAACCAAAGAUCAGGGAAGAAUGGGGGCUUUCCGAAGAUGGAAGAGGCUUCCAAAAAAAGGGAGAAAGGAAAAAGAACUGUCCAGCCUGUUCAGGUGACUGCCGAAUUUGUUGUUAAGUGCGUGCAAUUCUUGAAGGGACCAGGUCUAACUUGCCGCUGGUAGGUAUAUAUUUCAUUUCCUCGUUCCCCCAACAGCGUUUCAUUCCCGGCUCUCAAUUGUAACAUUAUUCCUGUUUUUGACAGUUCAAUUUAUUUAUUUGAACAAGUGGGCAUCCAUUUCUGGGUGUCACACUCAAAACUUGAGCUAGAAUUUCCUUACCUGCAUUAUAUAUAUAUAUAUUAAGGGUGAUUUGGUUGGGAGCCGUCUGUUGUAAUUUUUUUUAAUAUGUUCGUUUUGGCGGAAGCCGGAAUGUCAAGUGGUAAAACGAGCUUUUGGCUUUGGGCAUUCCAUUAUAUCUUAUUUGAGAUUUGAGCAGCACAAGGUGCAUGCCUAUGAAUAUGGCGCCUUCCUGUAAA